GAGCAGGCUGCUACGGCGCGGACCGGAGUAACACGUGUCUGGUUGUGCAACAGUGUGUAAAUCUGAUGUAAAUAUUUCGUGGGAAAAGUUCUGCACACUUGGGUCCGACAUCUUAGUCCUUGCGUGAUGUUCUGCGGAAGCAUUAGUUGGUUCAUCUGCAUUUUGGUGGCCGUAGUCAUAGCUGCAAAUUGCAAUGACUCAGAUUCCAUUAUAGGACCCGAUCUGGAAGUCAAUGUUUUACGCUUAAGAUCUGAAAACCCAGGACAGUCCACAGUGGAACCAGAAACGGAGGCUAAGGAGACCCCAACUGUGGGUCUGAGCGCCCUGCUGGACGCCGGGGAGGGCGCCGUGGUGACCCUGGUGGCCGGCGACACGCGUCUCGCAGCGCACAGGGCCGUCCUGGCUUCCAGGAGCCCUGUGUUCGAAGCCAUGUUCCGCCACGACCCGCUGGAGGCCAGCAGUGGUCAGGUCGCAGUCCAGGACGUGGAGGGCCCAGUGCUGCGCCAGCUGCUGGCCUACCUGUAUACACUCCAGGCCCCCCGGCUGCCCGGCAUGUCUGCACAGCUGCUGGCCGCCGCUGAUAAGUACGGCGUGUCGGCCCUGAAGGCGGAGUGCGAGCUGCAGCUGGCCGCACAGCUCUCCGUCGAGACAGCGGCGGCCACGGCUGCUCUCGCGGUCAAGCACUCUUCUGACAGCCUCAAGCAGGCGGCCAUUAAAUUCAUAAGGGCUCACUUGGUGCAGGUGAUUUUCACACGGGGCUGGGCUGACGCAGUGCGCUCCCAGCCUCAAGACAUGGCUGAUGUGUAUCGCCUGCUCUUGGAGACGCCAAUGGAAACCAGCGCGUCAGCUGUUGGAGACUGUGACAGCGGGGCCACUCCCACCCCCGCCACUCAGCCACACAGCGACCACGGCGGGACCCCUGCCACAGCCGCACCACCCACCACUCAACGCCCAGCCGCUCCACCUGAUGGCAAUGCCCUCUCUCUUCUGCGAUAUGCUGACGCUCACCAAGAAGCCAACACUGGCACCCCACUGCAGACGCCAAGUAACACCACUGCACAACGUCAAAGACUGCCAGCAACUGCAGACGGCAGGACCACCCCCGCUACUGAGCUGCACAGCAACCGUGGCUGGACUUCGGUCACAGCUGCACCACCCACGACUCUGCACUCCACACUCUGGCCUGAUGGCAGCACCGCCUCUACUCUGCACACACCAGCCACUACAGACAGCUCAGUCGCCCCCACCACUAAGCUGCAGAGCAACCAUGGUGACCUCAGCUGGACUUCCGCCUCAGCUACCACGCCCACAGCUGCCAGCCCGACUCCCUCAACCGAUAGCGCCGCCAUCACUCUGCUGAGGAGUAUUUCUGGAGAGGAGAAGGGCCGGAGGCUGAUACACGCAGCUAAGGAAGGGGCAGUGGAGGAGCUGCAGGCCCUGCUUAAGGCUGGAGCAGACGUGGAGGCGAUGGAUGGGAACAUGGAGACCGCCUUGCACUGGGCAGCGAAGCAGGGCCACGUGGAGGUAGCGAGGCAUCUGUUGGAGGCUGGGGCAGAAGUGGAAGCCAGGAACGAUAGGAAGAGCACGCCGCUGCAAAUGGCUGCAGAGAGAGGCCACGCAGCUAUGGUGCAGUUACUCAUAGCGUCUAAUGCCGACGUCAAUGCCAAGAAUCAGUAUGAGAGUACAGCAAUGCACUAUGCGGCAGAGCACGGCCAUGCAGAAAUUGUGAAUAUGUUGCUGGAGGCAAGGGCAGAAGUGGAUGCCAGGAAUGAGAAGCAGAGCACAGCUCUGCACAUUUCUGCAUGGAAAGGCCACACAGCUGUUGUGCGGCUGCUGUUGGCGUCUAAAGCCAACCCCAAUGCCGUGAAUAAAUUUGGGAUGACGCCGCUGCACUAUGCGGCCCAGCAGGGCCACAGUGAGGUGGCGACACUGCUGCUCGAGGCAGGGGCUAACAGGGAGGCCAGAGAUAAUGAUGGGAACACAUCACUAGACCUCGCAAGGCUGAAAAAACUCCAGAAGUUGAUAGAUAUGCUAAGAUGAAGCUAGAAGUCCGUCAGAUAUAUCUAGACCAAAACCAGAUGAGUUUCAUCAAGUGAAUUUUGGUUCUUUUUAAAACAAAGAAUACAAAAACAUAAUCUGA